UUGAAUAGCUCAUUUCAAAAUAAUCUCAACAAUCUCCUUUCUUUAUUACAUUCAGGGGCUUCUAUCUCCAAAUACAACAAUACCUCUUAUGGGAAUGGCACCGAUGGAGUUUAUGGUCAGUACAUGUGCCUCGACAAUGUUUCAUAUGGAACCUGCCAAGCCUGCAUCUCUGGUGCAUUGCAGGCUAUCGUGAAUCUUUGUCGAAACAGAAUGGAAGUAGUCGUAUGGGAGGAAAAUUGACAAUUGCGCUACUCAGAUAUUAAGUUUUUUGGCCGAUUGAAUGUGGCAGACAAUUUUUGCAAAGAUAAUGUUAUUAACAUCUCUGAUCCUGUACACUUCCAAUCUAUUGUAGAGAACAAGCUGCAACAUCUUACCAAAAGGGCAGCAUUCAAUUCUUCAGCAAAUAUGUAUGCUGCUGGAGGAGAACCAAACACAGCAGAUGACACCCUGUAUGCUAUGGUGCAGUGCACCCGAGACUUAUCCCCAGAUGACUGCAACAAAUGCCUUGAGGCUGCCAUUAAAGAUGUUUCUUCUGAGUGCUAUGCUUCUGGGGGGGCGCGACUUCUUAGCAGCAGCUGCUAUCUUAGGUAUGAGUUAUAUGCCUUCUAUGAAGGCCCCAAAGAGUCCUCUGUUUCCACCAAAAAGGAAGGAGGCGGUGGAAGGAAAAUAUGGAUGAUUGUAGUUCUUACAAUU